GUGAGUAUAAAGCUAAACUUUAACCUCGUGGGUAACCAUUCAUCAAGAAAGACUAGUAGUCUGGGAGACGUGUAGAGUUCCUUUAAUUCAAGUUCAUUCCAUUAAAUCAUCACAGAUUCAUUAUGAGUAAGCCAGCAGCAGGAGGACCCGCCAUUGGCAUAGAUCUGGGCACAACCUACUCCUGUGUGGGCGUGUUCCAGCAUGGAAAGGUAGAGAUCAUCGCCAAUGACCAGGGUAAUCGUACCACCCCCAGCUACGUGGCAUUCACAGACUCGGAGCGUCUGAUUGGAGACGCUGCCAAAAAUCAAGUGGCCAUGAAUCCAACAAACACGGUAUUCGAUGCCAAACGUUUGAUUGGGCGCAAGUUUGAGGAUGAGGUUGUAAAAACAGACAUGAAGCAUUGGCCAUUUCAUGUGGUCAGUGACGGUGGAAAGCCAAAGAUCGAGGUAGAACACAAAGGCGAGAAAAAGAGGUUCUUCCCAGAAGAGAUUUCCUCAAUGGUUCUUGUGAAAAUGAAGGAGACUGCUGAAGCAUAUCUGGGCAAGACUAUUACCAAUGCUGUGAUCACAGUCCCAGCUUAUUUCAAUGAUUCCCAGCGCCAGGCCACCAAAGACGCUGGCACAAUCUCUGGCAUGAACGUAAUGCGUAUCAUCAAUGAACCCACGGCUGCCGCCAUUGCUUACGGGUUGGACAAGAAGACGCAGCAACAGGUUGGCACAGAGCGUCACGUGCUGAUCUUCGAUUUGGGAGGCGGCACCUUUGAUGUGUCCAUCUUGACCAUCGAGGACGGCAUCUUCGAGGUCAAGUCCACGUCCGGGGACACCCACUUGGGCGGAGAGGACUUUGACAACCGGCUGGUGAACCACUUCACCCAGGAAUUCAAGCGCAAGCACAAGAAGGAUCUAUCCGAGAACAAGCGUGCCGUGCGCCGUCUCCGAACUGCGUGCGAGCGUGCCAAGCGCACCCUGUCCUCCAGCACCCAAGCCAGCAUUGAGAUCGACUCUCUGUUUGAAGGCGUGGACUUCUACACCACCAUCACCCGUGCUCGUUUCGAGGAGCUGUGCUCGGACCUGUUCCGCAGCACGCUGGAGCCGGUCGAGAAGGCCCUGCGCGACGCCAAGCUCGGCAAGGGAGAGAUCCACGACAUCGUCCUGGUCGGUGGCUCCACCCGUAUCCCCAGGAUCCAGAAGCUGCUCCAGGAUUUCUUCAACGGCAAGGAGCUGAACAAGAGUAUCAACCCAGACGAGGCCGUGGCUUAUGGCGCUGCUGUGCAGGCGGCCAUCCUGUCCGGAGACAAGUCCGAGGAGGUCCAGGACCUGCUCCUGCUGGACGUCACCCCGCUGUCCCUGGGUAUCGAGACCGCCGGCGGCGUCAUGACCGUCCUCAUCAAGAGGAACACCACCAUCCCUACUAAGCAGACGCAGACCUUUACGACCUACUCUGACAACCAGCCCGGUGUGCUCAUUCAGGUGUUUGAAGGAGAGAGAGCUAUGACCAAAGACAACAACAUUCUAGGGAAGUUUGAGCUGACGGGCAUUCCACCCGCCCCGCGAGGCGUGCCGCAGAUUGAGGUCACCUUUGACAUCGACGCUAACGGCAUCAUGAACGUGUCCGCCGCCGACAAGAGCACGGGUCGGGAAAACAAGAUCACCAUCACCAACGACAAAGGUCGCCUUAGCAAGGACGACAUCGACAGGAUGGUCCAAGAGGCAGAGCAAUACAAGCAGGAGGACGAGAAACAGAAGGACAGAAUAUCCGCCAAGAACGGGCUGGAGAGCUACGCCUUCAACAUGAAGUCCACGGUGGAGGACGAGAAACUGAAGGACAAGAUUGGCGAGGACGACAAGAAGACCAUCGUCGACAAGUGCAACGAGGUCAUUGCGUGGCUGGACCACAACCAGACUGCGGAGAAAGAGGAAUUCGAGCACCAGCAGAAGGAGCUGGAGAAAACGUGCAAUCCAAUCAUCACCAAGCUUUAUCAGGGAGCAGGUGGCGCCCCUGGCGGUAUGCCAGGUGGGAUGCCCGGAGGGAUGCCUGGAGGUUUCCCAGGGGCCGGCGGCGCUGGCGGCGAGAGCCAGUCCACAGGAGGCUCUGGAGGACCAACCAUCGAGGAGGUCGAUUAAAUGCUACUUAAGGAAUUCUGGCUCUUCACACACAGACCUUUCGUCUCUUUGUUUGUGUGUAUUUAAAUUCUUAAAUUGGAUACAUUUAGUUUUGGACUUGAAAACCUCGUUAUCGUUGCUUGAAAUCCAUGAAAGUUUUUGAACGAUUUACUUCUCAUUAACCAUUUUCUAAGACAAUCGUAAAUAUGCUUUUCAAUAUGUUGAUUACCUCGUUUACAGGAAGAAAUAUCGUAAAUGUGUACAUCACACACCAGUAUUAUAUAUUAAUGAGUAAGCACUAUCUUUUGAUUUAUGGGCGUAAAUAGAUACUACUAAACUUGGAAAGUUUAUACUGAGGGACGGAUGUGAUCAUUCCAGUUUAAUCAAAUACGGCAUAGACAGGGACUUCGUGUUACAUUGUUGUCAUAUCAAAGAUUGUAUUCGUUUAAAUGUUAUUUAUUGUUUUAAGAUAACAUUAAGUUAAAGACCUAGAUAAGGUCUGUCUCUAAAUAUAGAAAAAAAGACACUGAAUCCGUUUCUACAAUCAUAUUUAUUAGUCGUUUCCAUCUCGUGUUAUUGAUGUUUGUCCUGUAUCACGUUUUCAUUCCGUUGAACUUGAAUAAAAGGAAAACACGGAG